AAGAGGCGCAUGUCACGGCAACCGCUGCGGCAUCUUUUAAAACAAAAAACAAAAAAACUAAAACAAAAAAACGGUUGUAACAUUUAUUUUUUUAGAGCUGGUCUUUUCCCCUCCUUAGCUACGCCAUGGCUCUCUGCGGGGGUGUGGGAGCCAUGGCCCUGCCCGGCGAGCUCAUCGUGCACAUCUUCUCGUUCCUGUCGGACCGAGACAAGCUGCGGGCCUCGGCCGUGUGUCGCCGCUGGAGGGAGUGUCUCUUCUACCCGGCGCUGUGGACCGAGCUCAAGCUGCGGGUGGCGAGCGGUGGCGGAGGAGGAGGAGGAGGCUCCGGCGACGAGACGCCCAAGCUGGAGUUCCUCAUGAGGAAGUUCGGCUCCUUCGUGCGGAAGCUGCAGCUGGAGCUCGCCCCGAUGGAGAGCAGCAGCGCCGGCCCGGGGAGCAGCGACGCUCCGGGGGUAGCUGAUGGGGCCGACGGCCGCCGCAGGGACGCCAUGGCCGCCUACUUGGACCAGGUGUUGUGUGUGUUCACCAGCGUUCGUAACAAUAGAAACUUGAAGAAACUGAGUCUAUAUGGAGACACCUUUAUACUCCAGCAAGAGGGACUAUUGGACAGCUCAAACCUGCAUCAGAUUCACCAAGGGGACAAAAAGAUAAAUGAAGUCCAGAAGUUGUUCAUGGAGUUGCUGUCUAACAGCCGGCAGCUGCAGUGGUUGUCCUGCGGCUUCAUGCUGGGUCUGGUGACUCCGUGUUCCUUAGCCUGCUUGUCAAAUCCUUCCACCAAGACUCUGCAACACCUCAGUUUACUGGACCAUCAGCUUGGGCCCCUCAUCUCACCAUCUGAGUUGGAUCGUCUGUCUAACCUUCGUUCUUUGGCUCUGGAUUUUUCUGACUUUACGUCUGAGCUUUGCGGUUUGCUGGCGUCUCCACAGCGAACUCCGCUCCAUCGUCUCUCCCUGCUGCUCAACGGUGCCGCCCUGGAUUUCAAAGCGUUAGAAGGGACAGCGACAGAGGAGGACUGGAAAGCACUGAUUCGCGUGAGCGCCAACCUGCGAGUUUACAUCAUGGCUCUGGAGGUGGAGAACUCCGAGCUGCUCAGGGUCCUAAAGCCCAGCCUUCCCCUGGAGCGUCUUCACCUCGACAGUUAUGGCACACUGGUGACGGACGCCACGCUGGAGCUCAUCUCUCAGCAGUACAACAAGACGCUGACUCACUUCCUACUUCUUAAAGAUGGCAACGAUUUCCCUGACCUCAGCUUCAAUCGCAAUGAAGACCCGUUGGUCCUCUUGGCAUGGAGAUGUACUCAGCUGGUCGUACUAGUCAUACAUGGUUACACUGUGUGGUCCCAUAACCUGGUGGCCAUCUCCAGACUACGAGGCUCCAGUCUCCGUAUCCUGACCGUCUCGGAGGAGAGCAUCGACUUUGAUCCGGACCAGUCCCUGUACACGGAGGGAGACCCGAUGCACAACCUGGUCAAAGAGGUUUCGUUGGGCCUCGGCCGCGUCUGGCACCCUUGCCCGGAUUCCAGCGUGAUUUUGUCCGAACCCACCCAGCACUUCCACCGUGAGCUGCACGCCUUCAGCUUGGGCAUUUAGGCAAGGGGAUCUCAAACCCAACACUUCACAGCCCGAAACUUAACCGAGACCAGAUCAGAUCAUCCAAGUCCAGGUCAAGUCAGACCUCGGAACCAAGCCAAAAAUAAACAAAUAAAUCCAAAUUAAGUAAUUUAGAAAUUACAUUGAAGUGAACAGAGUCAUUUUUAUUUUAUUUUUUUAAGUCCUUGUGUUUGUUUCGCGAGCGUUUUAGCACACAACUAGGUCCCAGCAUUUCCCAGCCUGUUUUCAUGCCCUCCAUCUUUAUCAUCUAGAUUCAAAUUGAAGUGUGAUAUUAAUUCAGUUUGAGGAGUUUUAAUGUGUCUUCUAAAAUUGAGUUCUCCUGCUGAUUCAAAUGUCCACUUGGGCUGGUCUGGUCUGGUCUUGUCUGGUUCACAUGUAUUCAGCACUAUCUCCAUCACCUUAAUAACCUCCAGAGCCUCUCUAUAUGGACCUUUUUCAUUUAUUUCUUGAUAUUUUUUUCCCCCUCUCUUAUUUGACUGUUUUUUGUCUCUCCUGCUCUGUGUAUUAUCUAGUUUUUCCUGUGUGGUGGUUCCCUUGCCUCUGUAGGCUUUGUGUGUGUUUAAAUACAGAUAUAUUAUUGUCCUAGUCACAGCUGGAACAGGACAGGCGAGCAGGUUAAAUGAUGGACCUGUGGGAUAAAAGAGGGGAUGUGUGUUCAGACAAAAGCUUUUAGUUUAGUUUAGUUGUUUGUUGUUGGGUUUUUUUUUUUAACCUUUUCUUCUGUGACGGUGGGUCUGCUCCACUUUAGCAAAAGCUGAAGUGCGUAAAUGAAACUAUCAGACUUCCUGGGUUAAAAAAAAGAAAAGAAUACACCCUUGACUGCUUCUUCUGUUGCUCAGAAAGAGCAACCUUGUAUACGUGUCCGAUUUUCAAGAGCGUAUAAGCAGGGUGGGAAACUUUGGGCUCCUCCUCAUCAGCUGCGAUGCAGGUUUCAGUAACAGUCACGUCAGCGCCGCGCCACAGAGCUUUGCUAAGAGACUGACAUUUCAAGGCCAAAGGGUUUGAUCAAGAGUUCUGAGCACCUUAUUAAUCAUAUUAUGGAGAAUACUGUUACACGCUUCCAGCCCGCACACUUCCCACCCUGCUUGCUUUUUUAGGGAACCUCACCAUUCAGCUCCAGAGGAAGCCCCUUCUUCCAGCUGACAUUUGUAGCCAAACUCCAUCUGGUCAGAAAUCAACGUACGGUUGCUCUGUUCAGUUUUGACAUCUCUUGUACACUGGUUAUAAUGUUUUACAUCUAUUUUGAUAUUCUAGAUUGAUGAAUCAACCAUUUUUGAUUUUUUUUUUUGUCUUUUUAAUUUCAGAGCCCUUUUGUUGUUUUAAGCAGUUGUAAUGUUUGAUAUCCAGACUGAAACUUUCUUCACAUUGCUGAGAUGGAUGCAUCAGGGCUCUGCGAUCAGUAACCUGUUGGUCUUGCAUUAUUCUAGAGAGAAAAUGCUGUUUUAUUCCACAAUGCCAUAUGAAACAGUGUUUUGAGGCAGUUUUUUGUAACUGUGUCUACGCUUUUGGUGAGGUCCAACGAAAAACAGUAUUCCGGAGGCGGAGCUCUCUAAGGUGGCAGAUAUAAACCCAGGUUUUACAGCCAUGCCAGCAGUACCGUCAGCGGGAACAGGUUUCUCAGAGCUGAAGAGCUUGUUCCAAAGUCAAGCAUUUUAUAUUUAAGAACAGGUAAAGGAAAAGGAUGCAGUGAAUGUAACUUAACUCAGAUUUUUGAAGUCUGCUGUGUGUUCUACGUCGAAAGCUUACCGUAUAGCUGUAUUUGCCACAGACGUUUGGCAGGUGCAUAUCUCGCCAGAGCUGCUGAAUAACUGAGAUUCCACUCACAGCCAAGACUGCUACUUUACUUUUCACUUUGGUUUGUUUUCGUGUCUAGUCUUUGGCAUCUAUAGCACAAUAAGGGUUUGGGUCAUGUGGCUCGUGAAUCUUUUUAAAAGCUCUUCUGCCACCUCAGGUAGGCUUUUAACAUCACUAUGACCAGAAACAGUGAUGGUGAUGAGUAGGAUGUGCGAAACAAUCAGUUAAUUCUUUUUUUUUUUUUUUUUUUUCUUGAGUCACCGUUGCCUUUGAAACAACCCCCUCUUUUUGCAGAUACAAUUAAUGUCGUUGUUGAUGAUGCCUUUUAUCUUGCCAUCUGAUAAUCUCCGACUCCACCUUGGUUGGAGUGUAGGCAAACCUAAUCAUACAUUUGUUUUUAAAGAUUAUGGUUGAUAAAGGGUAAAGAAUGGCAAAAUCUAGUUGCUCAUCUGUGUUUGUUUGUAUCUGUGUUGUCAAUCGAGGACCUGCUGUGCAUAAGCGAUGUUGGUGAGAUGAUGUCUGCUUUUGCAUAUGCCGAUCUUGUCUGGCUGAGCUCGCUAUUUGAUAUUCAUUUACAAAGUGUUUAAAGCUCAAGGCUGACACUGUCGACCAAACGGCUCGUGGCCCAGGCAAACGUGAACGUGAUGAGUCCUCGACUGUGCCCGUUGUGGUAACGGAUGAUGCGCCGGGGUUGUAACUGCUGAGUGGUUAUGACUGCUGCAGUCGGAGCUACGUUUAUCAGGAAAAAUCAAAGUGGGCGGGGCUUUGGGGCACCUGAUAUUUCCGUAUCUCUUCAGCUUAAGUAACUUGAUGAUUUAGCCAUGAUAAUCUGUUUAGUCCCUGGUUCAUAUCUCAGGAUGAAUGCACUUUGGUAUCAAGUUUCUUUUAAGAGUUCUCUGUUGGUGUCAGAAGCACUGUAAAGCACUCAAAGGGGAGGCAAACACCAACAUAACGCAAUCAGACCAAAUUAUGUUGGACUGUUGUGUUUGCAAUUUUUUUUUUCCUUUUUUCUUUUUUUUUUUUAAUUUGAAUGUAUUGUCAACUAGAACUGAGCUCCACUGAUUUCAAAAAUGAUCUUAAAAGCUCCACUUCCUCCUCAGUUAACUGCCUUUUCAAAUGUUUCCACAGUGUAAGUUUAGAUUUAGCUGUUUAGGAAGUCGGUUUUGGACCUCGUUGCAGUGUUUCUGUGGCUUUCACCAGAUAUAGUCGGGGUGAGCAGAGGGAAGAAAAAGUUUGAUUUUAGCUGUGUUAUUCCCAGUCGCAUCACUUUAGUGAAGUUCUAGCAACAGGUUUCCCUUUCAGACAGCGGUGGGGAUUUUAACAAUUUAUUAGUAAAAUGAUGUCAGGUGAAUGUGUUGAUGAUUUGAUGAGGGGGAUGUGGACAAACCCAAAGUUUUGCCUGGAAGGACCAGUCAUGACGGGCAAAUUACUUGACAGCUUUCAACUAACACAAACCAUCACAAAGCAUUUUGGAAACGACGAUCACUUAAGAAAACGACCACCUGUCCCCGUUUCCUGCGUGGCAGUGACAAUAGCAAACCUUCAAGGUGUCUCGUGUCUGGAAGCUUCUCUCUUCUCUUAACCUCAGCUCUUUAUAAGUCAUGGGCUUUGUCUUAGCUGUUGCUAUUGUUAGUUCCCUCUUUAGGGAAGCAGUGUUAGAAGCUAUUGUGGUUAAGGUUUCCGCACUAGUGAUCUAAUUUCUCUUGUAUCGUGCCUGUAUAUAUAUUUUUUUCUUCUUUUUUUUUUUGCGCAAAUGUUCCUGUUUAUCCAGUAGAAAUGUGUGAAUAAGAUGCAUAUGGGAACAAGUAGUCAACCAUGCAGCCAUCAAUCAUUUUAUGCAUGCCUGUGAGAUUGUGUUCAUGUAUAUUUGAUGGGGAAGAGGGGGUGUUUUUGCUCGUGUUCAGCUGUGUAGUCGUAUCACCUCUGCAGUACCGUGAAACAGGAAAAAACCAAUCGUUCGCUCUCAGGGUACAGUCUGUUUCCAGAAAGGAGGAGGAGGAGGAUGGAACGUAACAAUAGCUCAGGCCUCUAGCUCACGCGUGUGAAUAUAAGGAGUCACUGGAUCCGUUCUCCUCCCUGAAUGCGUUUCUAAGCUGCCAAAGACCACAGCGGAACAAACCUAACUGAGAUGCAAGUCCAUCUCCAGUGCCCGUCUACACUCAAACAGUAUCGGGUUCUUCCUUUCACUCCUCACCUCCACGUAGUAAUUAGUGUUUCUAAUACCGCUCACUUUCUGUCCGUCUUUGUUUCCCUCCAUGUCAAAAACCUUGCAUUUGCUGUACUUUGAAUCACUCUGUCAAAGACCUUGUAACACAUUGACAGUCUUUUCUUGUUGGAACACAGACCAAAGCAGAAGCAUUAUCAAAGGUUUGGCCAGUGUUGUGUCAGUGAGCGUACCCUGUCUCUAGAAAUCUAGGAGCACGUGCUUCAGAUGGCAUUAUUGGAAAUUUGUCUCUAUGAUAUGGAUGAUGAUGAUAAUUAUAAGGGUUUGCAGCAUUGUUGCACGUCUUGAACAGCGUGGCUCAAUUCUUACCUCCGAAUGGCUCUCAGGGUCUCCAGUGCCAGGCCUGUCCAGUCCGGUGCAGCACAGUCGUAUAGUGUGGCUGGGGUUUAAUUGGAGAGCUCACCAACAUAUCCCUCCCUCUUUCUCUCUCCAGUCAGUCACUUGUUUCACUGUGAAAAGUGAGCGAAUGUAAAAUUUUAAAGGAGAACGAAGAGUUUGGUCAUAUUGUAAAAGACGUCAAGGACUUGAUACUCUCACGGUAGCUUCUAGAAAACGACUAUGGCUGCUUCAUGUGAUGUUUUUCGUUGGAUUUGAAGCACUUCAGUCUUGUUGGAGCUUAUAAAAUGACCUGCUGCUAGAAAGAGGACAUUCCAGA